AUGCGUGAGAUUGUCCACCUCCAAACCGGCCAGUGUGGUAACCAGAUUGGUUCUGCCUUCUGGCAGACCAUCAUCGGCGAACAUGGCCUUGACCCCUCCGGCGUGUACACCGGCGACGAUGACCUCCAGCUCGAGCGGAUGAAUGUCUACUUCAACGAAGCCGGCGGCAAGAAGUACGUUCCUCGCGCGGUUUGCAUCGAUCUCGAACCCGGCACCAUGGACUCCCUUCGCUCCGGCCCCAACGGCGCCCUCUACCGCCCGGAUAACUUCAUCUACGGACAAUCCAGCGCCGGAAACAACUGGGCCAAGGGCCAUUAUACUGAGGGUGCGGAGCUGGUUGACCAGGUCAUUGACGUUGUGCGUCGCGAAGCGGAGAACUGUGACUGCCUGCAGGGCUUCCAGGUGACGCACUCGCUGGGAGGAGGCACUGGCUCUGGAAUGGGCACACUGCUUAUCUCGAAGAUCCGCGAAGAAUUCCCUGAUCGCAUGAUGGCCACCUUCUCGGUUACGCCUUCGCCCAAGGUGUCUGAUACGGUUGUGGAACCGUACAACGCGACACUCUCGGUCCACCAACUGGUUGAACACUCCGAUGAGACCUUCCUUCUGGACAACGAUGCGCUGUAUGACAUUUGCAUGCGGACACUCAAGCUGUCGUCUCCUUCGUAUGGCGAUCUCAACCACCUGGUGUCCACCGUCAUGUCCGGUAUCACUGUCAGUCUGCGCUUCCCCGGCCAGCUGAACUCCGAUCUGCGCAAGUUGGCCGUCAACAUGGUCCCCUUCCCCCGUCUGCAUUUCUUCAUGGUCGGUUUCGCGCCCUUAACUAGCCGCAGCUCGUCGACGUUCCGCAACGUGUCCGUCCCUGAGCUCACGCAGCAAAUGUUCGAUACCCGCAACAUGAUGACCGCCGCGAACUACCAGAACGGCCGCUUCCUGACUUGCUCCACCCUAUUCCGCGGCAAGGUCUCCAUGAAAGAAGUCGAAGACCAAAUGCGCAACAUGCAAAACAAGCACUCCGCAUACUUCGUUGAAUGGAUCCCCUCGAACGUCCAAACCGCCGUGUGUUCCGUGCCCCCCAAGGGUCUGAAGAUGGCCGCCACGUUUGUUGGAAACUCCACCUCCGUCCAGGAACUCUUCGGCCGUGUUUCCACCCAGUUCACCGCCAUGUUCCGCCGCAAGGCCUUCUUGCACUGGUACACCGGCGAGGGUAUGGAUGAGAUGGAGUUCACCGAGGCCGAGAGCAACAUGAAUGACCUCAUGAGCGAGUACCAGCAGUACCAGGAGGCCACCAUCUCGGACGGCGAGGGUGAUGGCUACGAGCAGGAGGAGGGUGUGGAGUAUGAGCAGGAGGAGUAG